AUGAUGAAGUUCGGGAUAAAAGCUGUUCACAUUUGUUUAUGCCUGCAAAUGGCAGCCGCUUUCAUUCAGAAUCCAGUAUCCAUGACUCCUCCACCAAUAAAAGUGGUGUCAACAGCGAAGAUAAUAGGCUGUCAAAAGAAUCAACUCGGCCUGCCUGCAGCCACCGCGUAUAUUCAGGACGGUGAAGAAAACAAUGGCGAAUUUCAACAGCGUAAGCGAUCCGUGAGCGCCAUUCUGAGCUCUUCCUUUUUGAAUCUCUUGGGCUUUACCAUGGCUGGUCCGAUCACUCCCGCCCUGGGCAAACACUUUGAUCUAGGCGUGGGUGCCAGUUUUGGAUCCCUCACGAGUGCCUAUCCGGCUGGUAUGCUAUUCGGCUUGUUUCUAUGGCCUCGCUUGUCUGAUAAGAUAGGUCGAAAGCCAAUCAUCACGCUGAGUCUGCUGGGGAGUGGAAUCGGAUUAUUGUUGCAAAGUAUGGUCAUCAGGUCGAAUGCUCCAUUGGCUUAUUUCUUGGCAGCAAGAGCAUUGACGGGGGCGCUUGCGGGUAGCGGUCCAGUGUCUAAGGCAUACUUGGCCGAUGUCGGAUACAAAGAUGGAGAAUUGCCUCGGUACUUAGCGUUGAGGGAUGCAGCGUGUACCAUGGCGUUCAUUGUGGGCCCUGUACUAGGGGGACUUGUCUAUGAUGUUCGAGGCAUGGUAAUCAAGUGGUUACAAGGGACAGGAGCCGCUCUUCCUAGCACAUCUAAUUCAUUGGCAUUUACCAUUGCCGUGUCGGCGGCUGCUUCUCUCAUGGCAUCUGGCUUGGUCGGCUUCUUCGUCAAUGAUGCCAAAAAACUAAAGUCGAAGGAAAUGAAGGAGGCUACUAAAGACACGAGCAAGGUGGAUGAAAGCAGCGAAGAGCUGAUUAGUUGUCCUCUCGGAACAAGUAUGUGGACAGGAGUGGCAUCUGUCUGCCUUGUUUCGUUUCUGUUCAAUAUUGGUGACUCAACGUUUCAUGCCUUCUUUUCGGCCCUUCUUCGAGAUGGAGCGGGUCUGAAAACUAGGGGGAUCGGAAUGCUCUACACGCUGCUAGCAUGUAUUAGUUUUUCCGUCUCUACAUUGGGAAGCGGUUUCAUUUUGAAAACCUUGGGGCCUGUGGCGGCCUGUGCAAUUGGACUCGGUCUCAUUGGUUCUGGCUUGCUAUCAUUUGGAGCUGCGGCCUGGACUGGAGUUUCGUCCAUCGGUCCUAGUCUAGGCAUAUUGACGGCAGCUGCAGCCAUUUACUAUGCGGGUGUACCUCUAUAUGGUCCUUCUGUCCCAACCAUGCUACUUCGCUGCGUCCCUUCGUCCGAGCGAGGAGCAAUCAUGGGAUUGGACAGUGCAAUUAACACUGUGGGAAGGAUCAUUAGUCCACUCUUCAUGGGAGAAAUUUACCGGCGAUUCGGAGCUGGUGCUGCCUUUGGUCUGGCGGGAUCCUUGGUCUUUGUAGGAAUGGGAACCACUCUUUAUCGACGGUUUUUGGUGUUGAAGGAUGCUUGA